GAUAUACCAAGUCUAAAAGGAAAAGUUGCAUUGGUAACGGGAGGAACGGGUGGAAUAGGAUUGGAGACAUGCCAUGCAUUGGUACGACAUGGUGCACAUGUAUUCUUAGGUGCAAGAUCUGAAUUGAAAUUCAAACAGGCACUUGAAACAAUCAAGACAAGAUUAGCAUUAGAACCUAUACCAAAUCAAAUCGAAGGUGAAGAUGAAAUCGCUUUAGGGAAAAUCGAAUAUCUUCCUUGUGAUCUUUCAACGAUGGACCAAGCAGAUCAAGCUGCAAAAACAUUCUUACAAGCAGGAACAAAAAGGUUAGACAUCUUUAUUGCUUGUGCAGGAAAAGGAUCGGGAAAGAGUGAGAUAACCGAAGAUAAAGUGGAAUCAUUCAUGGCAACCAAUACAGUCAAUCAUAUGGUCAUGCUGAGAAGGCUGAUACCGCUGAUACGCAAAACUUCUCAUGAACAAAAAUCAGGAUCAAGUAGGAUCAUCUUUGUUUCUUCUUGUGCUCACAGAUGGUGUUCUCUUCCUUGGCCUAUAGGAAAUCCUGCAUCUUUUGAAUCAUGGCAAAGUGUGAACGAUGAGAAGAGAAGUAGCAAUAAUCUAUACAGUCAAAGCAAACUUGCACAGAUCCUAUUAUCAAGCCGGCUAAAUCGAGAAUUACAAGCAUUAGAUUCUGAUCGACCAGGAGGAUGCAAUAUUGCCUGUGUAUCCUUACAUCCGGGUGAGAUCAAUAACGACUUUGUUCAAAGAAACUUUUUGAGAGAAGUGAGCCGGUUUCACAUUCUCAAAUUGGCACAAUCAUACCCCGCAAUUUUGCGAUUGGUCCUAUUGAAUGCUAUGGAAGGAGCGAGAACGUGCUUGUUUGCUGCAACAUCUUCACAAAUCGACAAAAAUAAAUGGAGUGGUCAAUAUCUAACAUAUCCAUGUCAAUUAGGAAGAGCAAGUGAUGCAGCAAAGAAUGAAGAAAUGGAAGAAAAAUGUUGGCAAUUAGUUCAAAAAAAGAUUGAUGAGAAAUUCGGACAG